UUAAAAAGGAAAAAAAAAAAAAAAAUAAACAAAUAAAUAGAAAAAAGAAAAAUAAAAAGCGUAACAAAUCAAGAAAAAUAUAUACAGAUACAUAUGUACAUAUAAAAGAUUUCUAUCGACGCAACGUCUCGACAAUCAUAUGCGUGCAUCGUCACAGGUGACAAAGACAGAACCUCGCCAGGUGAGCGCACGUGAAAGAGUGUGAUACCCACUCCGGCACAGCGACGGUUCUCCAACCAUAGCGCCACCUGAGAGCCACUACGGUCCCUCAAAAUGGCCGUCCCUCUCACCUCAGAUCUUCCUGGAACGUCGAAGGAAGCAGGUGGCGAUAUUCAGGUUCGACCUCUCGCGUGGCCGCCUCGGUUGGUGGCGAGACCUCAUUCCAGGUGGCGGACACACGAAAACCGUGCCAGAAAACGUUCGUACGCGACCACGCGUCAAGCUCGAUACGUUGGAACGGGCGGCGCAAUUGUGCAUCGCAAACGAUUCCAUCGACGAGACCAGCCGUCGUUCACGACCAGCGUCGAUCCUCGCCUUUCAUCGCCUCGGUUUCACUCGGUUAGAUAUCCGUGAAGCAAGGAUACGUCGCGGCUACCUGCCAGGUGGAUCUGGUUCCUGGAAUUUCUUCCUCUUUGUCCGUUCGUUCGUUCGUUCGUUCGUUCGGCGGAAGACACGGUGCGCGCGCGGACACGAGGUGAUCAUCGGCACCUGGUGAUUUCAAUGCUUGGUACGGGCGCGACGAGCGGAGGACGACGGAUGCCCGUGGCGUGAUAUCGUGCGCGAUUAUUUUCCAAGUGUCUUUGAUCCCUGAUAAUAGGCGUAGCGUAGAAAAGUAAAUCGGUGGAGAGAGAUGUUCCUCGAGCUGCAUCGGGACGAGCGUCGAGGUUUCUCGUGGACCAAGCUGGUGGACAUGGAAGCAUGAGAACGGCGCACUCAGUGUCUUCCACAUCGAGGCGCAGUUGAGGGAAGAGAGCAAGAAGAAGCGAGCACAAGAGAAACGGAAGUUAAACAGGGAGGAUCCUGAUCGAGGAGGAGGACGAUGUAUCGGCCGAACUUUUACGAGAGCACGUGUCUGAGGUGUUCUCAGACCGUGUACCAGGUGGACAGGGUUGGCCCAUUGAAGGAUUUCACGUUCUUUCACGCGGGCUGCUUCAAGUGCGCUAUAUGCGGCACCAAGCUGACCCUGAAGACCUACUACAACAACCAGCACACGAUCAACGAUAAGGAGGUGUACUGUAGCAGCCACGUCCCGAAACCGGGGCCGGGAACGUUGGACGGAUCCAGCGUGGGCAUCAGGUCCGCGUUGAACGUGCCAAGAAGUGGUUACGUCAACGAGCAGAUCAGAGCCGGCGGCGCAUCGCCACGGGGUGUUUAUCCGCCUUGUUACGAUAAUGUAGACUCGCCUAAUUGUGCCAGGCACCUGAACGGACACGGUUCACCGCCGGCCACCAAUUCGUCCCAUCGUGAUCUUCAUGGUAACUCCGGUGGAGGGGCGUCCUCGCCUUACAACUAUAAUUAUUCCGGGGACGGGAGCUACCAGUAUGGGAGAUUCGACGCGAGCGCGCUUCACAUCGCCCAUGCCCUUAAGCAGACCGAGCUUCAGAAGGGCUACAGCAAGGCACGCGAGAAGCCCAUCGAUUAUUAUCUGGAUCGAGAUGAGCAAACGCGUUUGGAGAUGAAACAUCGCAAAGAAGAGGAUGACCUCUAUCGAAAAUUCGCCCACCAUCGCGAGGAGGAGGACAGACGAAUUCGAGAGGAAUUUAGGGAUGAAUGGGAGAAGGAGUUGGAACAAUUAUCGGCGAGAUGGGAACGAGAAAAAGGCGGAAGAGCCCGAGCCCAGCAAUUUCAACAGGAGAAAGAGGACUUGGAGAAGAACAUGACUCUUCGCAGGGACAAGAAGAAGGAAAGUCUCACGCGCAAAAUGUUGGAGCACGAACGGGCGGCAACCGCGGCGCUGGUGGAGAAACAGAGCUCGGAGAUGUUGGAGCUGAUCAACGAGGCGAGGAGCGAGUAUAUGCGCCAGGAGAGCCUGUAUCUCGACGAGGGGGACGGUUAUGCCCAGGAAGCGCCGCCUUUGCCUUAUCCGUCGCGUGCUCCACCCCCACAACCCCCAGCCCUCGCCAAGUAUCACAUCUACAAUGAUCCUCUCGAGUUUGCCGACAUGGAUCAGAUAGCUAUUUCGGUGGCUCAAGAGGAUCAGAAAACGUUCACAGAUCUGGUGCGGCAGUUGGUGAGCAGAUGCGGAUCGGAUAUAGAAAAAGCUAGGACGAUAUUCCGAUGGAUCACCGUGAAGAAUCUAAAUACUAUGCAGUUCGACGAGAAUUUACGCGGGGACACGCCUAUGGGCUUGUUGAGAGGAAUAAAACACGGGACUGAAAGUUACCACGUUCUGUUCAAACGAUUGUGCAGUUAUGCUGGACUGCAUUGCGUGGUGAUAAAGGGUUACAGCAAAUCGGCCGGCUAUCAGCCGGGUGUUUGCUUCGAGGACAAUCGAUUCCGGAACAGUUGGAACGCCGUUUACGUGGCCGGUGCAUGGAGAUUCGUUCAAUGCAAUUGGGGGGCAAGACAUCUGGUCAAUGCCAAAGAAGUUCCUCGUCCUGGCCAACCGAAGGCCAAGAACGACAGUCUGAGAUACGAAUACGACGAUCAUUACUUCCUCACGGACCCGCGUGAAUUCAUCUACGAAUUCUUCCCCCUUCAAGAGGAGUGGCAAUUGCUCAAGCAACCGAUUUCCCUCAAAGAUUUCGAGGAGCUGCCUUUCGUGCGCUCGUUGUUCUUCAGGUACGGCCUCUACUUUCCGGAUACGAACACGAACGCAGUCAUGUACACGGAUUCUACAGGCGCUGCGACCGUGAGGAUAGCCAUGCCAGCUCACAUGCAAUCGUCCCUAAUUUUCCAUUACAACUUGAAAUUCUACGACAACGACGGGGACGGUUACGACGGCGUGUCGUUGAAACGUUUCGUAAUGCAGUCUGUCGUCGGGAAUAUCGUCGCGUUCCGUGUUCACGCGCCCUGUUCGGGAGCUUUCCUCCUGGACAUAUUUGCCAACGCUGUCACGCCGAAGGAAUACUUAACAGGGGAGCCGAUGAAGUUCAAGAGCGUGUGCAAAUUCAAAAUCGCUUGCGAGGAAUUGCAAACGGUGAUGGUGCCGUUGCCCGAUUGCGCGAGUGGCGAAUGGGGCCCUACGAAAGCCACCAGACUCUUCGGCCUCAUACCAAUAACCCAUCAGGAGGCACUGGUGUUCGCUGGCCGCGAGUUGGAAAUCCAAUUUCGAAUGUCGAGAUCGUUGACCGACUUCAUGGCGACGCUGCACAAAAAUGGCAUCGAGGAAAAACGCUUGUCCAAAUACGUCACGCAUUCAAUCGCCGACGACGACGUGGUGACUUUCUCGAUCAGCUUUCCAGAGGAGGGCCAGUAUGGGCUUGAUAUUUAUACAAGGGAAUCGACCAAUCCGACAAACGUGCCGCAUGACAUCACCGGUGAAAAACACUUGCUCACUCAUUGCUGCAAGUAUCUGAUUAACUCGAGCAAGAGGAACUAGCCAGGAGUUCGUCAUUUCGUAUUUUCAUAUAUAUAUAUAUAUAUAUAUACAGUACAGAUAUAGAUAUAACGAUUUCGCUGGCUCGAUUCGAAGAAACAUCGCGUGAGAGGAUUGGCUGGAUGUGAUUCCAGACAAAAAAAGAAAAAAAAGAAAAAAGGUGCUGCAAGUUCUCUUACCAUCCAAGUUCCUUCCUAUUUCCUCUUUCUCUUCUUGUUUUCUUCUCACCGCGGGAUAUGGGGAAUUUGGAGCUACGUGUAAGAACUAAUCUGCGAGAUUAGCCUUUAACUUGCCAGUAAAUUAUCCAUUAAUUAAUCAAGAGUUAAUCAAGAGGUGACGAAAGAUGGUGUUCACGAUGAUAGUACAACUGGAGGAAACGGAGGUGAAAGUACAACUGGUACUUCUUCGGACUGUAACUGAAUGCGAUGCGAGAAACUUUUGACAAAUGUCGCCCAAAUGUGCGAGAACGAAUUACGAUCUGACGCGCUACCUCCACAUUCUUUCUAGUUUAAUAAUAAUAACCAUGAGCUUAUUGUUGAAAGGUGAUCAUCGAACGAGACACGUCUAACGUUUGAGGAAUUAUGCUGCGUAAAGGAUACGAUGGAAAAGAUGUAACGAGCGUAAAAUAAGCUCUGUUUAAAUAGGAUAAGCUCUAUUUUUAAUAGGAUCAUACUCACACUCACACGCGCCGAUUUUCCCUUUUAAUUUUCACGACCGAACCACCGUGUCGUCCCUCGUGUUUCCGCUAGAAAGUUGGCAAUUAUAAGUUAACCAGCAUUGGAGAUCGGUGCGACCGAUCUCCAAAUUAAUCAAACUUUCUCGCCUCGACGAGAGGCAUUAAUCCCCAGUUAUCUCGAUUUGUUUUAAUUCAAUCUCGAGAAUCUCGUGCGUUUCAUUUUACUUCAUUUGGCGAGAUGUUUUCGUGUAUGUGUACGUAUAAAUUAUGCACAGAGGAUCGUUUCGAUCCGCUUUAUCGGAUCGAUCUUCGAUAAGAUCUUCUCGAUUGCGAACGAAGAAAGUUUUCAAGGAUGGAACUUUGUUCUCAAGUUUUCUAUGUUCUCUUUGUAUUUUAACGAUGAUAUAUAUAUAUAUAAUAAAAGCAUUCCUUCUUUAUUUCUCGCGAACGACUAUCACCGUUGCUAAAUGAAGGAGCAAUUAUUUCGAUGAAAACAUCGUGAAUGUGCACGGUGAUGUUCCAUUCCAAUAAUUAAAUAGGUUCGUUAAAGUAUAGAAAGCUUUUUAAAAUCACUAAAUUUUUGCGGCUACGGUGGUUCUCGAAGUUCAGGUGCUAUAUGUUAUUUUGUCAGGAUUAGCUGCACGAUUCUAGUUAUUUUCGUAUGCGAGAGGCGUGGAAACGCUGAAACUUUUUCCAACGGGAAGUUACAGCGGUGAAAGCUAACUGUAAUUGUUAAUUUUUGUAAUAUUAACGUCUUUUUCCUUUUCCCUCUUGUCUCUUUCUUCUAAUUCAAAGUUAUAACGACGCUUAUGCAAGAAAGUUCUCCACGAUUCCGUAUUUUUUGUUACCGGUGGAAUAAACUAUAACUUCGAGCUUAAUAUAUCCUUUCUCAUUAUUUCUAACGAGUAUGUAAAUUAAUUUUUAUACAUACUACAGAUACUCAAUAGAGAUUGUUGUCUUAUUGUAAAAAAAGAAAUUAAUAAAAUCUAAUUUUA